UUUAAACAGUAAAAUUUUAAUAUAGUUACUCGUUGCUCAAGUUUCAUAACUUAUUGCAAGACGCCCGUGUGUGUAUUGAAUACACGAGAAUAGUCUUUUAUCCAAAAAUGUUUCUAAGGCAUGGAUUGUCAUCGCAUGCCCGUUUGAAAAACGUUACCAAUUUGAAUACACUCGGUGCAUGAAUCAAAGGGUAGGAUCUCCAGCCCGUGAAGUCAGCCCGUAUGGUAUCCAACAUUGGACAUCUAUCUAUGAGGUGUCGACAUUUGCCAUCAUGCCGCGUCAUAGAUAUAAAACUGAGCCAAAGCAAAUGGCAAAAGAAAAUAUUGAUAAAUUUUUGGCUGCCAUCAAAGCAAUUGCCAUUCAAAAGAAAUCAUUAAGGGCCGUCAGCAAAUCACUCAACAUCGAUAAAUCGAAAUUAUUUCGGUAUAUGGCAAAGAUGAAAGAGGAAAAUUUGGAUCCGGCCACGGCUUCAAAUGAUAAAUUGUUCGAUUUUGUUACAAAGCUAAGUGGAAAAACUGGCGGAAAAACGAUUUUCAACGUACAACAAGAACAUGAGUUGAUGAAAUAUAUCCGCAAGGCUUGCGAAAUUUGCAAUGGAUUGUCCAUUACCGAGUUAAAAAUUCUUGCCCAUCAAUACGCACAAAAGAUUGGAAUCGAAUAUCCUGCAUCAUGGAAUCAUAAUGGUCAAGCAUCAGCCGACUGGUAUUAUGCAUUUAUGCAUCGUCAUAAAAAUGUAACGCUUAGACCACCAGAACAGGUUAGUGCACAUCGUAAGGCUUUUUCAAAAGAAACGUUGGAAGAGCUCUUUGCCGACCUAGACACUGUAUUCGGCGAAACAAUCCUUGAGCCACAUCGAAUAUGGAUCGAGGACACACAUGGUGCAUCAUCGAUUCCAAGCACAUCUAGUGCAGCGCGUCGUAGUGCAUUAAGAGAGGUUAGUCCUAUAAAGAAGCAUUCACCAUCCUGCAAAUCAAAUCACGCCCGGAUGCCAAUGAAAACAACCAUAUUAAUCGAUGAGAGGAAGAAGCAAAAAGCCGCUAAACCACCAGAAAAGCGCAGUCAUAGCACAAAAUCCGUAGCAGCAACGAUGAUUUCAUCUGAAUCGUCAGAUGAUGAAGAUGUUAAAUUUUGCAUAAUUUGUAUGGGAAAUAUGCGAAAUAACGCAAUUCAUUGUAAUGAAUGUUAUCGGGCUGUUCAUUUGAAGUGUGCUAACUUGCAAACCGGAUAUUAUACAUGUGAACAAUGCGAAUUGGCCGAAAAUGGAUAAAACCGAACAUUCUUCUUUAAUUUUUUAC